ACACAGAGGAUGAUGAUGAAACACUGACUGUGUGUGUGUGAGAGAGAGAGAGAGAGAGACACACACCAGCACCGUUAGACACCUGUCAGUACAGGUGGGAACUGUAGACUGUGAAGAUUUCACUGGAGGACUCCACUUUCACUCCUGGACUUUAAUAUCCAUUGAUGUUUCAUGUAAUAUUUGUGUUUUGGCUGUUACUGAACUCUAAUACCGACACUUGAUGUCGUCGGUGUUUAGCAAAUCCCAGGAACAUUGGACGUUUUCUGUGGAUUGACAAGCUGCUCUUGGACGAAAACGUCUUCUUGGACACCUUCCCUCUUCAUUCGGAAGACGGUUAUCACUGCCUGAAGGAGUUUGUUUGUUUGUUUGUUUGUUUUCCUGAGACACUCUUCUUCAGAGAAGCUGUGUGUGAUCAUGGCAGACUUCCCAUCCAAAGUUACCACAGAGACCAGCUCGCCCAACUCCCAGGGCCCACAGCAGGGUGGCAACAGCCUCCGACAGCUGGCUGCUGGAGUCACCACCACGAUGGACACGUUCUUCGUCCGAAGCAUCCCAGGCAUCCUCAUGAUCACUGAGAUAGUCCUGGGGCUCCUCCACUGGGCAUUGAUAGCCAGUGGCCCCUACACUCUAUUGCCAGCAUACGGUUGGGUGAUGUUUGUGGCCGUCACUCUGUGGAUCCUCACCACCAUCCUGUUCUUCAUGAUCCUGUUCAGCGCCCCCCAACAUCUCACUGCUGUCCCCUGGCCUUUGACGGUGAUGGUGUAUCACGGCGCGGCCACAGUCCUGUAUCUAUCCGCCUUCGCAGCCAACGCAGCAUCCGUCCACCCUUUCCAAGGUUUCUACUACUAUGGACAUUUCGCAGCUGCCUCCUUCUUUGGCGCUGUCGUGACCGUGGCGUACGGUGCCAGUGCUUUCUUCUCCUAUCUGGACUGGAAGGGAGACGGAGGAAACGCAGCCACCAGUACAGUGCCCACCUAGGACUUCAACAUGAAACUGACGCUGCUUCUGGGAAAAAAACACACUCCUUAUGUUUUUCUUCCCCUCAAAGAUACUAUAUUCAUGUGGAUAGUCUGCUGCUGAUACUGACGCUACUACUUAACACAAUCAAAUCAGGUGACUGUCAUGGAAACAUCAACAAAUCCUGACCUCAGCUCCAGUGUUAUCAAGAGGGUGAAGCCCUAAUCUAAGGAAUUCAUACUCGAUUUAUACCCUCAAUAUCAACACUGGAUUAUCCAUAUAAAACCUAUAGAUUGAUGCUGUUUUCAGCAACACAGUAUCCACAGUUUCUCUUUGAAGAGGAACAUUUAUGCAUUUAACAACUAUUUGGCAAAAAUGACUCAAUUUUUGAGCAAAAGAAGAAAUCAACAAUAGGCAUGAAGAGUUUUUGACACGGAUGAGUGUAGAGUCUACUUGAUAAUUUGCGGUUAUAAUCUUCCUCUUUUAAGAGGUUUAAUGGCAGCUUGCAUCCAUGAUGUCGCAUUACUGCCACCUUCUGGAAUUACACUACACUACACUACACUACUCACCUGAAGUGUAAAACAUGUUUUUAAUAUAAUUAAAUUAAGAAAAAGUUAAGAAAAGUGGAUGCUGUUUAAGUUCCACGAAAUGUCUCAAACUGUGGUGCGUGUACCACCAGUGGUACGCAAGCUUCCUCUGGUGGUACUUGGAGGAAAAUACUGUUCUACUGUAUGAACCAGGGUAUGUGAUCAGAGUGUGUAGGAAAUUAAAUUUUAAACCAAAGUGAAAUAGAGGAGGAUGAUGAGAGAGCAAAUGAUCUUAUCGGGAAUAAAUCUGCCUCCUGUGAAAAGUCCUUAGCUGACGAUAAUGGUGUUACUUCAAGAGCUCAAUACGAUAUUAUCACGAUAUUAUCACGACAUAGAAAUCAUAUUUUUUGAUAUACUCACUUGGCACCAUCUAGUGGACUUAAAUGUCAAUAGAUGUUAAUCCACGAGUAAAAAUAAAAUAUGCCAAAAAUAAAAAAUAAACAAUACUCGGUGUCUCAAAGACGAUAAAAUAUCGCCACACAAAAUAUCACAAUAUUUCCCUGUAUCAAUGUUUUCUUCCUCACCCCUAGUACUACUUAAUUACUCAUGUGUAAGAUUAAGAUUUUAAAUUAUUCCCAUUUGGCUGAAAUUAAAUGUCAUGUAUGUAUUUAAAUGUACAAUCAAUUGAAUGUAUGAAGUGUUGCUUUUAUGAACCACAGAAUGAACCCUUUAUAUUCACAUCAGCAGUGGUAGUUGGUAGUUUGAACUGGAGCGCCCCCUUCAGGUCGGGUUUCCAAGGCGCAACAACCUCACAAACCCUGUCACAUGAUUCCAAAGUGGCUGCCAUUCGUGUCAGUUGUAGAAACAAAACAAAAAACGUCACACUGUUGCUAAAUCCUACACACGAUGAGCUGAUUAUUUUCUUAAUAUGUGUAAAAAAGAGGACAUUGUGUAUUGCGUGAUAUAAAAAUCAAAUCUGCACCAUGAAGUGGAAAAAAGGGGAUCUAGUGAUUUGUGGAGGAGAUGUUUUGUCAGCCUGGACGUACUGGAUCUUCCGCUGAAAACCAAGACUUUAAAGAUUUUUAAACUUGUUGUUUACCACACAGACGUACCAGGAAGCAUCACUGAUAUUACUAAAAGAUCUUUUGGUACUGUCUUUGUUUUUGUUUACUCAGUAUGAUGGAGAGGUUUUUAAGAAUGAGUGUCUGCACUGGAAAUGUAAAUCAAUAUUCAGACGGUAAACAUGUGUUUACAAAUGCAGCAGUGAUUCCCAAACUAGGGGUCAAACUAAUGUCCUUUUGAAUCAUAUGAGUUCCAAGUUUCUGGUUUUGGGGGGUCAGGGGGCAGAACAUUUAAGAGAAUCACUGACACAGAAGAAGCCAAAAUAAAAUGUACAUACUGUAUGUCAAGUUGUAGAUUGUAAUUCGACAGACUGAUGUUCCCCGGCUCCAACACACCUGAUUGUGGUUCUGCAGAACCCUGGUCACGACACUCUCAUUUGAAUCAGGUGUGUUGGAGCAGGGAAACAGACUCAGGUGUGUUUGAUUUAUCACACAGACUCACAUUCCAAUCCUGGUUUUCCUUAACAGUUCAUGUUUAUAUCCAUGAGUGUAAUUUAGCAUUUUACUUAAGGAUAUUUCGCGUUACAGGAUUGUGGGAAUUGAUUUGUUCUGUCUGUGUUAGUUUAUCUACGUUUACCUUCACACAAUGGUUCAGUCCAAUUAGGGUGGAGCUAGGAGGAGUAUAAGAAGCCACCUGUGGUUUGGGGGAAGGGAUGUUUUGAAUGUGUUUAAAUGUUUGUUGUUUUCCUGGGACCUUGGCUUUUUCUUCUGUUGCACUUUUGGUCAAUAAAAUCACAAACUUCUG